AUGAGGAAUAUUAGAAGAACGAAAAAAAAGGUCAAUGCUAUAGUUAAUGAAAUUCUAAACGAAGAUCAGGAAGACAACUUCAACGGGACACGAUCUGAAGCUUGUCCGGGAGGUUGCGAGCAAUCAGAAAAUACGAUCAAAGAAGCACCCCGACAAUGCAAUUGCGCCGUGGAAAAUUCGUUGAGGUUCUCGUUACGCGUGAUGGAGGCGAUGCGCUCGCUGCAACGCGACGUCGACCAGUCUUUCACAUCCACCACGGAGGAGAUCGUCGAUUAUAUCCGGGCGAAUUAUCGCAGCGACGGCGAUCUUUACGCACAGGUGCGGACCGCGCUGAGACAGGUCUGUUCCCAAGGAUUAUUUUCUAACAGAUUUGUAAUAAAAUUAUUGGACAAUGAGUAUCACUGGAUCGGUCCCAUUGCUCGUUCAACAAAACAGAAUGGCUGUAGUUUGGAUUGUACAGGUUGCACUUCUGAAUCUCUCAGAAGAACUUCUGUCGUCGACCGGCUUGAAGAUCGAAUAGCAGGACCGAUUCUUCAUUCAACCAGAAUAUCAGCCAACGAAAUAGAUAAUGCUGACUAUCGCGACAGAGAAAUUAAUUCCAAAAGAUUAUCGCCAGUUUGUAAUUAUGAGGAUAUUCCAGACGUUCGAGAUGAUCAUCGACAUGGUGUCACCCAAACACGCGAAAUAGAGCAACGUGAUGAAUUUCUAAGCCCGAUCCCUGGACCAUCCAGAGAAAUUGUAACAACACUUGUCUCACCUAGAAAUGCGCGAAAAAAGACACGAUUAGGAGAUCGAAAAGUGAAACGCGCGGAUGAUAAUGACGAAGAGACUACCACGGAGGAAGAUUUGGACUGCACUUGCGAUGCUCGUGUAGCUCAAGUCGAUCGAGAUACACAGUUGAGUAAACGAUUGCCUGAUCGUACUCACGUUGUUAGGGAUCGACGGAAUAGUCAACAGAACAGUCGGCAUCAUGAAGGUGCUGAAGAUGAAGAGGAAGAAGAGGACGAAGAAAAAGAAGAUGAGAACGAAAAAAAAGAAGAAGAGGAGGAUACAGAUACGGAAGAUAGUGUAUAUAGACAGUUGAGGAGACGAAGCCCUCGUAGGACCAGGGCACGCGAACGAGAGCUGAAAAGGUGGAUUCGGCGCUGUCGCGAAGAAUGUGAGCGACGGAGAUUGCGAUAA